CACCAGAGAAUAUUAAACAGAACCCCUGAAUAGCCACUAAAAGGCGAUGCGCGCUGCAUGUGCACGCUAACCCAGGCCAGCGCGAUGUUGCCCGGGGCCGGCGGGCCCUAACUACGGAGGAGGAUCAAUGCUAGGCGCUUUAUUGGCAAGCAUCUUCAGUGUAGAUCCCGCAGAGGAUAUAACCGGUGUGUCUGAAUAGGAUUGAAGUGAUUGGACAUCAAGAGAUUUUCUUCUCCAUUGCAUGAACUUGAGUUACAUUUGGGUGCAGAAAAUUCACAUAUAUCAGGGUGCACGCAGGUUCCCGCCUGUAUUUCAGGACAGGUUUUCUUAACCGCUAGAGAUCAGAUCCUCGGGAAACUGCCGACAGACAAUGAAGCUCUCGGCUACCGUUAAGACUGUCCCGGUCCUGGCGGCCUGCGUGCUGGCUAAGGUUGAUUAUCCUGCUAUACCAACCGAUCUCACCACUCCAGUCCAGCAGCGUCUGGCCAUCUACGGCCCGACCUCUGUCUCCGUUGGCUGGAACACGUACACCAAGUUAGAUCAGCCCUGCGUUCAAUAUGGUACCUCUAGCAGCUCUCUUGACAAGAAAGCUUGCUCGUCCAUCGACCCAACCACCUAUCCUACUUCUCGUACCUACGAGAAUGUGGUUAUCCUGACUGGACUGACCCCUGCCACCACCUACUACUACAAGAUUGUGUCCACCAACUCGAGCGUGGACCACUUCUUGAGCCCUCGCACCCCCGGAGAUAAGACCCCGUUCAACGUCAACGCGGUCAUCGACUUGGGUGUUUAUGGAGAGGAUGGAUUCACCAUUUCCGGCGACAAGACCAAGAAGGACAUCAUCCCGACCAUCGAUCCCGCUCUCAACCACACCACCAUCGGCCGCCUGGCGACUACCGUCGACGACUAUGAGUUUGUCAUUCACCCUGGGGACUUUGCCUACGCGGAUGACUGGUACCUGAGACUGCAUAACCUCCUGGAUGGCAGCGAUGCCUACCAAGCUAUCCUAGAGAACUUCUACGACCAACUGGCUCCUAUAUCUGGCCGUAAACUGUACAUGGCCAGUCCCGGUAACCAUGAAGCUGCCUGCGAGGAACUUCCUUACACGGAUUGGCUCUGUCCCGAUGGCCAGAAGAACUUCACUGAUUUCAUGCACCGCUUCCGCCACACCAUGCCUACUCCAUUCUCCUCUGUCUCCUCCAACUAUUCUGCCCAGGUUCUCGCUAACAAGGCUCGCCUGCUCGCCCAGCCUCCCUUCUGGUACUCCUUCGAGUACGGCAUGGCGCAUAUUGUCAUGAUCAACACAGAAACCGACUUCCCGAACGCCCCGGACGGGAAGGACGGCUCUAAACAUCUCGAUGGUGGCCCCUUCGGUACCCAGAACCAACAGAUUGAGUUCCUUGCCGCUGAUCUGGCGAGUGUCGACCGCACCGUUACCCCUUGGCUUAUUGUGGCGGGCCACCGACCCUGGUAUACGGCUGGCAGCGGAUGCGACUCUUGCCAGGAAGCGUUUGAGGAGCUCAUGUACACGUACGGUGUUGAUCUUGGGGUUUUCGGCCACGAGCACAACGCUCAGCGCUUCCUUCCUGCUUACAAAAACGUCGCCGAUGCGAACGGCAUGAAAGACCCGAAGGCCCCGAUGUACAUUGUUUCCGGUGGUGCGGGUAACAUCGAAGGCCUCGACUCCAUCAGCAGCAGCAGCACACCCUCCUUUUCCGCGUUCAACAAUGAUCAGGAUUACACCUACGCCACUCUCCGUUUCUUGGACGAGAACAACCUCAGGGUUGACUUUAUCCGAUCGGAUACGGGUGAGACCUUGGAUACCAGCACCUUGUACAAGAGCCACAAGACCCAGUUUGUGAGGCAGUAACUGGAAUUGGGAUUUUUUUUUUUUUGAUGUGUAGUCUAGGGUGUAUGUCUUGAAGCAGAAAUGUAAAUAGCAAAUGUCAUGAUUGAGCUUCUGAUGGAUAUAUUCCAUGCUAGUCAGUUUAUUCCAGC